GUCUUCUCUAACAACGUCUUAACGUCGUAUACAUUAUACAAGCUCUCUCUGACUCCUCUUAUCAUGUACAGGCAAAUUAGGCACUGUGUUUUUUCUCUUACCUUAAAUAAAGUCAUAUCUAUCCACUAAGAUUAAGCAGCUGCAAGAAGAGAUGGAGGAAGAGAAGCAAAAACUGUUGGAUGAAGUUGAACCACAAACACUACAUCAGCAAGAAAAUAUAUCAAUUAAAGGUCAGUCUGCUCGUCAUUUGGUCAUGCAAAAAUUGAUGCCGAAAGCGGAUUCUCGAGUCAUCGUACUUCGUAAUAUGGUUGGUCCGGAAGAUGUUGACGAAACUCUUCGAGAAGAAAUCGCCGAUGAGUGUUCAAAGCUUGGAAAUGUUGAGCGAGUGAUUAUUUAUAAAGAAAAACAAUCAGAUGAUGAUGAUGCUGAAAUAAUCGUUAAGAUUUUCAUUGAAUUCACAGUUGUAAAAGGAGCUGAAACAGCGCGUGACUCCCUGAACGGCAGGUUUUUUGCCGGUCGCAUUGUUCGUUGUGACAUUUAUGACCAAGCUCUUUAUGAAUAUAAUGAUCUUUCCGGAUGAAUCCCCAUUUUGCUACACUAAAGUGCUAAACUAAGGCUAAUACAUACUUAAGUAUCCUAAAGUAGAGUUUUGGAAUUGGAAUUAU